AUGAAAGCUUCAAUCGCGAGGGCGGUCGGGAAUUUGCUCUGUCUAGGGCUGACUAGACCUAACAAUUGGGCAACCAGUAAGAAGUCGUGUCCGUCUGGAUUCGACGAGCGUAGGGAGAAGGGAGAAAGAGGGGAUUCUUACUUAUUUGUGCCCAGUGUUUCGGGUCCGAGAAUAAUCGAGAAAUCAUAUGGAAAUGAGCCCCGGCUGAAGUCGAGUCGAGCCCGAUCGAGCACCGCGCCUAGGACCAGCCAGACGCCCAGCAGGCCCAGCGCCCAGGCCCUGCGCGUGCAGCAGCCCCAAACCAAGGCCCAAUGGCAUUUUUGGCGCAAUUUUCGGUCCAUUGACCAUUUGACCCGAGCCAUGACCACCUUAAGUCUGGUCAACAAGAUCAUAUGGUCCUCCAAGAUCAUGCUCGAUUAUAGCUUCCGUUAG